GCUGGCAGGAGGCAGGAGGGCCCAGACCUCACCCAGUCAGCUGCAGCCAUUGCACACAUAGCUCAGCAUCACAUUCACAGAGAGAGGGACUCGCAGGCAUUCAACAGGAGAGGAAAGGCUGCUGAUCAGGGGCGGGGAAGGAGAGCCGGCUCUGCGCCUUGGACCUUCGGCAUCUUCCCCGUGCCUCCUCCCAUCCCUGCAUCCCUGCUCCUUCUUCUCCUUCCCCAGCAGCCAUGGCUAAGGAAGGAGCCGAGAAAGCGGAGGAGACGGAGCAGAUGAUCGAGAAGGAGGCAGCCGAAGGCGGCGGGGGAGAAAGCCAAGGCAGCCCGAAGGCCGGCGGAGGCGGAGGAGAAGCCAAGGAGAUGCGCGCCGUGGUUCUGGCCGCUUUCGGGGGCCUCAACAAGCUCCGGGUGGCCAAGAAAGUCAUGCCCGAGCCCCAGGAGGGAGAGCUCAAGAUCCGCGUCAAAGCCUGUGGAUUAAAUUUCAUUGACCUGAUGGUUCGGCAGGGGAACAUUGACAAUCCACCUAAAGCACCACUUGUCCCUGGAUUUGAAUGCUCUGGAAUUGUAGAAGCUGUGGGUGACAAUGUGAAAGGCUAUGAGAUUGGAGACAGAGUCAUGGCUUUUGUCAACUACAAUGCCUGGGCAGAAGUUGUGUGCACACCACUUGAAUUCGUCUACAAAAUUCCCAACGACAUGAGCUUUUCCGAAGCUGCUGCUUUCCCUAUGAACUUUGUAACAGCAUACAUGAUGCUCUUUGAGGUUGCCAACCUGCGAGAAGGCAUGUCCGUGUUAGUUCAUUCAGCCGGAGGUGGAGUGGGACAAGCUGUUGCUCAGCUCUGCUCAACAAUCCCCAAUGUUACUGUCUUUGGAACAGCUUCCUCCUUCAAACAUGAAGCAAUCAAAGAUUCUGUAGCCCAUCUCUUUGACCGAAAUGCAGAUUAUGUCCAGGAAGUUAAAAAAAUCUCCCCAGAUGGCGUAGACAUUGUUCUGGAUUGCCUUUGUGGAGAAAAUACAGGCAAAGGUCUCAGUCUUCUCAAACCACUUGGGACUUACAUUUUAUAUGGGUCAUCAAACAUGGUUACUGGGGAAACCAAAAGUUUCUUCAGCUUUGCAAAAUCAUGGUGGCAAGUAGAGAAAGUGAACCCUAUCAAACUCUAUGAAGAAAACAAAGUCAUGGCUGGGUUUUCCCUCUUAAAUCUGCUUUUUAAACAAAACCGAAGUGGGCUGAUACAUAAUGUAAUGGACAAACUCAUAAAACUCUACAAUGAGAAGAAGAUCAAACCUCGAGUUGAUUCACUCUGGGCACUUGAAGAGGUGAAGGAAGCAAUGCAAAGAAUCCAUGACAGAGGCAAUAUAGGAAAAUUAAUUCUGGAUGUGGAGAAGACGCCUACUCCACUGAUGGCCAAUGACAGUACAGAAACCAGUGAAGCUGGCGAAGAGGAGGAAGACCACGAAGGGGACACUGAGAACAAAGAGCGUAUGCCAUUCAUCCAGCAAUAGCUGCGAGCCAUGGGAAUGAAAGCCAGAAGCAGUGACAGAGCAGAAGAAGGGAAGAUGACUGGGAAAAUCCAUUUUGUGCACCAGUGAACAAAUGCUCUAGUAUAGUGUGUGUUGUUUUUCUGUCUGCAGUCAGCUGAGCUAUAAGCUGUUGAUCAUUGAUGUUUUGAACUCAAGUGCCAUUCCGACCCAGUACAGUAUUAUGACAUUCCUUCAUGUGUUACCCAGUUUGCUUGUGACUGUCCUAUCACGCUCCUGACUAAAGCCUUAUUAAGAUCUGCUGUAAUUUGGAGGCAGGAAAGUCCUUCUCAUGCCAUCUCAAAAGCAAAUUGAUCGAGCCUGUUUAAAAGUGGGAGUUGUUACUAGUCAGCUAUGGAAAAAUAAAAUAAAAUCAGGAUUAAACAAGUGAGUCCACACAUUCACUCCUCCAAUGGGACUAUCAUUUUUCUGGGGUUGGAGAUAGGAAUAUAGAAUUUUUCAGCAUUGUGCUUUUGCUGUUGUGUAAUUUGGCAACAGUAGCCCCCAGUGCGAUGGUGCAAUGGCAAUGCACAUGACCUUAGAGGUGUCUAUGGACAACGCCGGCUCUUCAGCUUAGAAAUGGAGAUAAGCACCAACCCCCAGAACCGAACAUGAUUAGACUUAAUGUCAGGGGAAAACCUUAACCUUACCUUAAUUUGGACACAUCAUGUAUAGACACAGACCAAAGCAGGCUUGAUUUCCAUUCAAAUUCCUUCCCUUUAAAAUGCUGGGAAAGGAUGGCAUGAACUGCGCAUUCAGACAAAUCCAUCUGUUUUUAAGGCAUAUGCAGUUCCUUAUUUCAGGAGUGGAGACUUCUAGACUAUAAUUCCUAUAAUGUCUUGUUGUUGUAGUGGUUAAGGUUUAGGUCUAGAAGUUAAAGUCUAAAACAUCUGAAGGGUCAAAGCUUCUCUAUCCCUUAUCUUAUGUAAUAGUUGUGAUGAUGCUUAGACACCCAUUCUCUCCAAUAAGAAAUGACAAUCUUCCAUUCAGCUAUGAGACUCUGACUUUUUUGUGUAUAUUUGGACCUUAUAAUUCCCAUCAGCCACAGCAGCAUAGCCAAGAGUGUGGAUUUAUGGAAGCUUCAUCGAAAAAUAUCCAAAUGCCCGCUCUUGCUUUAACUAGAAUUAGAGUAUGAACCAGCCCAACAUGAAGGACAUCUCUAAAUGUAUAAAGAUGCACGUAUAUUUAUCUGUAGAGGAACUCCCCUUGUUCAUGUUUGGCCCUAGGGAUGGAAUGAGAUGGUGGGGAGAAUUCAUUAUUUUGAACUGCUAAGUAAGGCUGCUGAUAGGACAGUCAUCCAUCCAUCCAUCCCAUUCCAUAAUGAUACUUCAUCUCAUAAACAAACAUGCUUAUUUCUCAAGAAGAAGAAAAUACCUCAUUUGUACUGUAAUUGGAAAUAGUCUAGAAAGACACUGGGAAGCCAUGACUGAUACAAUUUUAUGUAUGGUAGUGGUUGGAAUCCAUGAAUGUAUUCCAAAUUGAUUCUGUCAAGGUGCCAACAAAUCCCAUUGGUGUAAAUUUCAAUAGUCUUAGAGAAAACCCUAUAGCAAGGGUCCCCAAACUAAGGCCCGUGGGCCAGAUGUGGCCCCACCCUAAACUUAAGACUUAGGGUCACCCUUAGUCUGAAAUGACUUGAAGGCACAGAACCACAACAACAAUCCUAAUUAGCUUGUCUAUCUCAUCAUUCAAAAGCAGACGCAUGCUUCCCAUUGAAAUACCAAUAUGUUGAUGUUGGUUAACAUUGUUCUUCAUUUUAAAUAUUGCAUUGUUUUUCAUGAUCUUUUGCACUGCAAAUAAGAUAUGUGCCGUGUGCAUAGGGAUUCAUUCCAUUUUUUUUCCAAACUAGUUUACCCUCAGUGGUCUAAGGAACCUGCUCUAUAGGAUAAGCUCCAACCCUGCAAGUAGUUUUACCGCAAGGAAAUAUAAAAGAUCAAAUAUUCAAAAACGAAGUGCACCCAAAUUAUGAUUCAAGGCUGUCCGCUGUCAAGCAUCUCUGUUCAAACAUUUAGGAGAAACGGGGGUUUGCUGAUCCAGCAUCCAAGCUUCAAAAUGGUGCUGACCUAUUUUGCCUAAGCCCCAAGUAAUUCUUCCCUGAAUCCAAAGCUCUUUACUAUGUACUGUUCUCAAUAAAAACUGUGUCAUAACCCAAGGGACAAAAGCCCUAAGCCACAAUGCCUUGCCCUUCCACAUAGAUACUGCACAGCUAUGCCUCGUAAGAAGUUCAAAGAUGGCAUGCCUUACAUAUGAAAGAAAAUACCUUAUUUCUGUCUUGUUGAACCAUUAAAAUUAACAUCACUUUCCCCCCAAAGGACAGUGAAGAGGGAAAAUCGAUUGCUAACAUUUUUCUGACAUAGACAAGAAUGGAUGAGUUUGCAUUAACAUGAUAUGCCGCCUUCAGUGAUCUCAUUCUGUUAUUUUUCUAAUUUCUUCCCAUUUGUAUUCUAAAACUAUGUUUUAUAUAGUCGUGUGUGUGUGUGUAUUACAGUUCUAUACCUAUAUGUGUGUGUGUGUGUGUGUGUGUGUGUAUAGAACUGUAAAUCACUAUACAGAAAGCUUAGUUUAAAUCAGCAGAGCUACAGAUGCAGACAAAUUAUUUUAAAGAAGAGUAAUGCCAUACUCGAGAUCAGGGGGGAGUUCACAGCGUCUGUUGUCAAAUGUUAACAGGAACAAAAGGAGCAAAAUUGCAUAACUUUUCACAUCUCCUUACAUUGCCAUUGCUCAUGUCAAGAAAAAAGUGCCAUAUUAGGCUGCAUCCUUUAGUUGGCAUUCAAAAAAUUGAGCUUUAGAGCCAUUGGGAUUGCAAUGAAUUGCUUUAAAAAAGAAUAUAUAGCCAUUCAAUUUUAAUGAGGUAAACAAAAAAGGGGUUUUUUCAGGAAAUAGAAACUAAUAACUUUUGUGGCAUCUUUCUACACUUUUUAUCGUGUCAGAAGCGACUUGAGAACAUACUGCAAGUCACUUCUGGUAUGAGAGAAUUGGCCAUCUACAGAGACGUUGCCCAGGGGAUGCCCGGAUGUGUUACUAUCCUGCUGGGAGGCUUAUCUCAUGUCCCCAUAAGCUAGAGCUGACAGACGGGAGCUCACCCCAUCUUGCGGAUUCGAACCACCAACCUUCAGGUCAGCAACCCAACCUUCAGGUGAGCAGUUCAGCUGACACAACGGUUUAACCCUUUCCGCCACUGCGGCUCCUUAAUUCACUACUCUACAAGGCCUUUAGCACACUAUGUCAGAUAGUACUCAUGCCUCACCUAUCUAGAACUCCCAGGAUUCCAUAGCAUUGGGCCACGAUAGUUAAAGAGGUGUUAAAAUGCAUUAAUUUUCUAGUAUUGAUGCACCCCUAGACAAAGGGAGACAAGGGACUAACUGACUUUUGGAAGAAGGAGAAAAAGCAAAGACUCGAAUACAUAGACCGAAGAAAGAAACAGGCAAAGCAAUGGGGAAGGCAUACAUAUAACACAAAUCAAAAACAAAAUUAAUGAAUGCACUGCAAAUAUCCUUUUUAAAAAUGGAUGGAAUCCUGUAUCAGUUAUUUAGCUAACAGUUACACAUGAGUAAAUAUACAAGCAUCACUGUUUUGUAUUCACAAGCACUGCUUUGUUUUGAUUGUGAGACAGCUAUCGCUACAGUAGUAACUUCCACCCAAACCAACUUUACCAUCAGCUCAUGGAGAGAAGGAGAUCCAUUCUGCCAAUGAUUGGAAUGUGGAUAAAUUACGUUUUCAUCAGUUUUGAGGAGUCAGGCCAGUAGAGGUUAACUAGGCUGCCUCUACAUUAUAGAAUUAAUGCAGUUUGACACCAUUUUAACUGCUAUGAUUCAAUGUUGUGAAAUCCUGGGAGUUGUAAUUUGUUUGUUCAGGGAUUUCUGUUGUGAGAAACAAUUCCAGAAGGCUUUCCACCCCAAGAAAAUGUCAUGUUGUACCUAAUCCAGUGCUUAAAUUCAGGGAGGGUUUGCUACAAUGAAAAUUUAAUCCUCAUUGCAGUGAACAAGUGAGCUCAGUUUUGUGUUUAAAUCAUCUAAAUUGACCUAUGCCUAAUUAACCCCAAAUACCGCAAUCCAUAAUCUCGGAUUACUUUUCAUGUUUUUCACUACUGUCAAGAGUUCAACAUGAUGCUUAGUAAGCGAAGUGAUGCCAUACCAAGCCCUUUGCUUCCUUCUUCCAAAAUCUAUUUAAAAAGGUGCCUAACACUAAAAUGAUGCCUUUGAGUCACAUCAAUUUUGUAACCAAGGAGCAUGUUCUCUCCCAAAGAGAUGACAAGAAAAUUAAAACCUGAUCAUAUUAUAUCAUGCUAUGAAUCAGAUCCACAGGAAGGAUUUUUCAAUCCCCAUUUUUUUUAAUCAAAGCAAAUACAGUAGAGUCUCACUUAUCCAACAUAAACAGGCCAGCAGAACGUUGGAUAAGCGAAUAUGUUGGAUAAUAAGGAGAGAUUAAGGAGAAGCCUAUUAAACAUCAAAUUAGGUUAUGAUUUUACAAAUUAAGCACCAAAACAUCAUGUUAUACAACAAAUCUGGCAGAAAAAGUAGUUCAAUACGCAGUAAUGCUACGUAGUAAUUACUGUAUUUACGAAUUUUGCACUAAAAUAUCAUGAUAUAUUGAAAACAUUAACUACAAAAAUGAGUUGGAUAAUCCAGAACGUUGGAUAAGUGAGACUCUACUGUAUUGAAAAACAGAUGUAGUUCUCUUAAUGAAACAAAAGCACUAUGUAAUAUAAACGGAGAUAGCUGCCAAUGCUCCUCUCGGAUUUAAAUCACAUAUACAGAGUAUGCGAAAAGUAAAGCAAUUACAAUUCUGGCACUGGGUUUGGUAAGACUACUCUUAAGUGAAUGGCCCACCAUUCCAAAGGAUAGAAAGUAUUUCUUCAAGAUAGCUGAAAGCCUUAAUCAGUGUUAAUGUUAUUAAUGGGGCUGGAAUUGUUCUCUUUGUCACUGGACCACUUUCGAAUUAAUGAGUUGCUUUCAACGAGGAAAAAGAAAUGAUUUCCCCAUUUGAACAGCGAAGGCCUCUCUUGAGCAUCAGCCGAAAUAAAUGAACCGAGACAUUUGUUUUAAUUGUUACUUGUUGCUUUAGAGCUUUUGUUAUAUUGUGCCUACCAAGCAAAUGAUGUUUACAUAAAAAUAUAAAUAAAAUAUUAAACAUAGCAUUAA